GUGUUGAUUCGCUCUUCCUCUUAUCAAUCACUUAUAUCCCAAGUGACGAAAUCGACAGCGCCACACCGGAGCUGAGGAGUGGGUGAUGAGGAGCGAUCAGCACCACCAGGAAAAGGAAAAAAAAAAAAAACCCAGGAGCGAUAAAAUGCACGGAGGACAAGGGUCAAUUUGACUGCCAGUAAGACGUUUUGGCACUUUGGGGAGGGGGGUUUGGUGUUUGCGAGUUUAUUUUGGGGAACGCUAGGUUAAUGCAGUCAGGAUUCUCUGUCAGUAGGAGUUGGCUGUUUUUUGGGCUGCAAUUCCAGGGAAGGCUCUCUGAGCUAACCUAGCUAGCUAACAAUUAGCCUUCCCAUUUAGCCCCCUAUCCUGGUUACUUGGUGCCUCCGCCUGCGAGACAUACCUGCUCCGAGCGCGCACUUUCUCUGAUCGGCACAGGUGCAUGCGGUUCGUGGAGGACUCGAGGCAGUAAACCAACCUUUCUGGAUGGACAGACUGGGGCUCGUUGUCACUGCGCGGGCGUAACUUGGAGCGCUGAUUUCGGGGCGGCUAGGCUUGCACUCGGCCGGGCAGCCAGCAGAAGGGAUUGGACAAAUGUGGUGGCCGCGCCAGGCAGUUGUGUCCCGCUGUGUGUGGGACCGAAGUUAGUAGUUUAGUAUAAGAAAAAUAUAUAUGUCUAUAUAUAUUUUAAUUGACUGGGCUAAGCAAGAAAACAAAGUGCGCUGAAGAUAAAUUCAACCUGUUAGCUUGGUUAUAACGUUAGCAGCGUUUAGCUUUCAGGCUAGUUAACAAACUAAUACCGGUCCAUGAAAUCAAAAUGGUUAUUCGCACCCUCGGUAGUUCCUCGGGAUAUUUGCAGACAUGUUUAGUUUCUUUUUUUCUGAUGAGCUCACAGUCACUGUAGCCUGAGGUUUUACUGGAGACUUUGACUAACGUUAAGCUGUCAAAUAUUUAACACUUGACAGCAGCUUUGCCAUCAACAAGGGAGGCCAGAGUCUGCACCAAGCAACGAGACUAUCGAGCUCCAUUAUCAGUGUCUGGAUAUAACCUGUUGGGAUCGGACUGUUGUGCACACAGGAGGCCUUCUUCUUCUUUCUUUUUUUUUUAUCUGGUACUUUGUGUGAGGUGUAAGCCCGACACCUCUCCUCAAACGGGCUUUCUUCCCCCCCCCCCGCUCAUGCGGUGAUGACUUUAGACUCCAUGAUGGCUUGUUGCCUGAGUGAGGAGGCGAAGGAGUCCAAACGAAUCAACGCUGAGAUCGAGAAGCAGCUCCGACGAGACAAGAGAGAUGCGAGAAGGGAGCUGAAGCUGCUCCUGCUGGGUACUGGAGAAAGUGGAAAGAGCACUUUCAUCAAGCAGAUGAGAAUAAUCCAUGGCUCAGGCUAUACAGAUGAAGACAAGAAGGGCUUCACCAAACUGGUCUACCAGAACAUCUUCACCUCGAUGCAGGCCAUGAUCCGUGCAACUGAGAACCUUAAGAUCCCCUUCAAGUAUGAACAGAACAAGAACAAUGCCCUGGUGGUGCGUGAUGUGGACGUAGAGAAGGUUGCAUCGUUCGAGCAGCCGUACAUUAGCGCGAUAAAGAUGCUGUGGGCUGACCCUGGCAUCCAGGAAGCGUAUGAUCGCAGGAGAGAGUACCAGCUCUCUGACUCGACCAAGUACUACCUUAACUAUUUAGAACGAAUAUCGACACCAGGGUAUGUACCCACUCAGCAAGAUGUGCUGCGGGUCCGAGUGCCCACCACCGGCAUCAUUGAGUACCCAUUUAACCUGGAGAAUAUUAUAUUCAGGAUGGUGGAUGUUGGGGGUCAGAGGUCGGAGAGGAGGAAGUGGAUCCACUGCUUUGAGAACGUCACCUCCAUCAUGUUUUUGGUUGCUCUCAGCGAAUAUGACCAGGUCCUGGUGGAGUCGGACAAUGAGAACCGCAUGGAGGAGAGUAAAGCUCUGUUCAGGACCAUCAUCACAUAUCCCUGGUUCCAGAACUCCUCUGUGAUCCUGUUCCUUAACAAGAAGGACCUGCUGGAAGAGAAGAUCAUGUAUUCUCACCUGGUUGAUUACUUCCCAGAGUUUGAUGGUCCUCAGCGGGACGCGCAGGCAGGUCGGGAGUUCAUCUUGAAGAUGUUUGUGGACUUGAACCCAGAUAGUGACAAGAUAAUCUACUCCCAUUUCACGUGCGCCACCGACACGGAGAACAUCCGUUUCGUCUUUGCGGCCGUCAAAGACACCAUCCUGCAGCUCAAUCUCAAAGAAUACAACCUGGUGUGAAGGAAAAUUGGAAAGACAGAUGGUUAGAGUGCAAGCAAGACACCCACAGCCCCCACACUCAAUGCAGUGUCCACAUCUGCAUGAAAUGCACUCGUAAAGAGAUGAGCAUUGCUUUGUGCUUUUACCAGACCAACACUAUCCAUAUUCUGCCCUAUCUCUUCACUCAGACCCUUGGUUGCUGUUUUGCCCAGUUUUAAGGACUCUGUUUUGUUUGGUUUUAUUAACUGCUUGUCUUGCACAAUCACACAUGAAACACAUUCAGAUAUAACACUCCCUCCAUUUGUCACCUCUUGGGAGGUUGUUCUCUACUCCGGCGCUCCUCGUUCGGCCCUUGCCGUGGCUCACGUUUUUCUUUCUCUACACUACAGUCUCACUUGCGCUCGUGUGUCAGAGGUGGGUAGAGGACCAUCUCCCGGUAGACUAAGCUUUUACGGACAAAGGGCUCUCUCCCAUAGUUAUUUAACCCAUGCAUGCUAUACACUACAGCCUGAGGGCUUGAGGCCAGGUGGCACACACUGGACUCUGCUCAUCUGCAGAGGGUAACGAAUUAAUCAGACAGUGCUGGGGUGCAGAGAGGUACUUGGUUCUCCUGGGUCUUGAAUUGUCCAUGAUGUGUUCUUUUAACUCUUUCUGGGGGGUUACGUGCCCUAAAUGAGAGCAUAGAAGCUCUGUUGAAUGUAAAUAAAGUUUUCAUGCUGCUCACACAGAGUGAGGGCUACACAGAGAUGACUCAUGUUCUCUUUUGACUUUCAAUAUUUUCAUCUAUAUUAACGUCAUUAAUUCUUCUGUUGUUCGCUAAUUAAACCGAUCGACGGCGACUACUCAAAGGAACCCUUUCAGGAGUGGUCAGGUUCUGUUUAUUAUUCAGUGCCCCUGAUUUUAUACUGAGACAACACUACCAGUAUUUUACGUACUGUACACCAGCUCCCCUGUAAUUCUCUAUCACUUUGCCAAAUUAAAACCACCUACAUUUUUCUGUAAAUACAGUAACAUUGCCAGUAUCGUUUUAAUCCCUUAACCAGUUCAGAUACUAAGAAACAUAUUUGGGAGCUGGUUUUUGCCAAAAACUAAGUGAAGGUUUUCUCCCGAGUUGGAUCGUUCCAGAUGUUUAACAGCGUAACACCUCACUUUGUGUGGCAUUUCUUUAUGUUGUCUCAAUCACACGUGUAACAGUACUGUGAGUUUUAUUUGUGUGAGGAUAACUUUCUUGUGCACAAUGUGUGAAUGAUGGCAUCGGAUUAAACUGGUGCAGCAGUCAUGUUUUGGAUGAAAUAAAGCUUUUGCGCUGCCAGUUUGCUUCAGUCACAACUUUGGUUAUGAUCAUGCAAAUGGCUUUUUCCUCUCCUGUAAUCGCCUUCAUUUUUGCCAUUAUAAUCAGCCAACAUUUGAUUAAACUGUCACAAUCAUAAAUUCUUUUUUUUUUUUUUU